AUGUUCAACAACUUGGUGCAGAUUCCGUUCCGAAUAUGCGAUGCUAAGCCGCUUCACGAUAUUCUCGCUGAGCUUAUCAGGAGGGACUAUUUUCAGCCGGUGACGUCGUUUGAAGAAGAUCUCAGGAACGCAGAGCAUCUACAGAACGAUCUAGCGGUGCUAUCACGAGAGACCAAUCCCGACAUGACCCAUUUUGAAAAUAUCUUGUAUAACUACUACCAUUUCCUUUCCGAUGCCAAUAACAAAUUCAUGGACAACUGUGUAGAGUUCGAAUGGUAUGGCACUCUUCGCUACCAGCCCAAGCAUUGCUCCUUCACAUCCUGGAAGCAAGAGCAGCUUCAAUUGGUCUAUGAAAUGGGCUGCUUAUAUUCAUAUAAGGCUUUGCAUGAAAAUGCCUAUACGGACGAAGGCCUCAAGCUGGCAUGUACGUCGUUAAAGACCGCUGCUGGUUACUUUGAUGCUCUUCUAAAGCUGAACCCGCAAGCAUUGGCUGGAAUCCCCGAUUUUGAUGAAGACACUCUUCAAUGUCUCAGGUCCAUGCUCAUAGCACAAGCGCAAGAGCUUGUUUGGCUGAAAGCAGCUAUGGGGAAGACAGUUAAAGACCAUCUCAUUGCUCGUUUAUCGAAGAAGGUAUCUGAACUAUACAAGAAAGCGGCUGACUACGGUGCUGAAUCUGAUGCAAUUACGCUAGAUUGGAUUAAUCACUUUAAGGUAAAGAGUUUUCACUUUGACGCAGCUGCUCAUUACAGAAUGUCUGUGGUUGCACUCGAUUCAUUCAAGUACGGUGAUCAAGUGGCAUAUUUGAAGGUAGCUUCGAAGUUAUGCGAUGAAGGAGGAAAAUACCAACGAUACGUGACAGAACCCGUUGUUGAGGAUCUCCAAGGAUUAACAGAAAUGGUGAAAAGUACCCUUAAAAGUGCAGAGAAAGAUAAUGACUUGGUGUACCUCAAGCCUGUGCCUGAUGUCAAAACACUUCCAGCUAUAACAGGAGUCUCGAUGGUCGAUGUUGAAGCGUCGAAGGAGUUCUUCGAGAAGCCUAGCGGUCAAGAGGCCUUCAAACAUCUUGUGCCAUUCUCAAUCAUCCAAAUUGCUCAGGCGUUCAGGGAACGUCAAGAUGCAUUUGUGGUUGACCACUUUCAUGAGCCGCUCAAGGCUUUGACAAGAAUGUUCAGUAAAUUCCUUGCUGAAAGAGAUCUACCUGCUUCAAUUGACUCCAUCCAGAAGCCUGAAAAUGUUCCAGACUCUCUACUACACCAUUCCCAAGAAAUCACUUCUAUGGGAGGCACAAAGCUUAUUGACAGUUCCAUGCUAGAAAUAGGAAAGCUAGCUAAACAAUGCCAGGAUCUCGUUGAAGCGUGUAACGAGAGAUUAUCAAUGGAAAGGUACGAGGAUCGUUUGAUGAAAGAAAAGCAGGGUUCUGACAGGUGGAAUCGUGAACCUUCGGAGAAAGCUGCUGCUGAACUUAGCGCCAGAGUCAUUAAAAUGGGAACGUACCUUGACCAGGGUCUGGAGAGUGAUGCUUUAAUUAUGGACCUGUAUCGCUCCAUCAAAGACAUAUUGAUAGUAUAUUGUGGGGGUAAACAGCAGCUUUUGAACACGAUCCCUCGUUCUUCGCACGCCCAUGUUAAUUCCAAGGUUGGUCAGGUAAUUGGUGAACUUCGAGAAUUACUUGCGAAUGGUGAGAAGAUAGAGCAAAGCAAGCAACGCUUAAUAUCAUCCAUUGGUGUUAAAUCAAGGGACCACAGUGUGUUUCCUGUAAUCAUGGGACAAUACAAGAAGAAUCUGGACAAUUUCUGGGACAAAGACGGGAAGAUCGAUCCAAGAAAGUUCGAGCCAAUCUACGAGACGCAUGUCAAAACAUUUAACAGUGACCUUCAGUUUGUGGAUCAGCUUAAGCAGAAACAGAUGGAUCUCGAGAAGAAGAUUCACGACAAGAACCUACAGCUUCUUGAAUUCCGUCAAACUGCCCAGGAUGCCUCGCAAGAAAGGAGACAUCAAGCACUUCAACAGUUCGAGGAAGCAUACGUCGAAUACCUUGACCUUGUCUCCAACUUAAAUCAGGCGUCCAAAUUCUAUUCUGAUUUCUUAGAUAAGGGAAACAGUGUCUUACACGAAAUCGACCAGUACUUGUACAGAAGAAGAGAAGAAGCCCGAGAACUCCUGCUUAACAUACAAAACCAGGAAAAGCUUCGUGACAUUGAAAGUGCCAUGCAAAACGAUCGACCACAUCUAGCAGCUCCGCAGAGCCAGAGGGCAACUUUCAGAGAUCCAUCUGACGAUAUGCAUCUACCUUGA